CUAGGCGCAAAUUGAGGCGCGACUGGCGCGUGUGACGCGACGCGACGCGAGUGACACGACACGAUCGCGCCGCACGCGUAGCGUCGUGGAACGCAAAUUGAGACGCAGUUUUGUUGGUGAACUCUUGCCAGCGAGACGGUGUUUAUUUGUCUCAAAAUGACUGAAUCACGAUUAAAAUUAUGUUUAUUAGAUCUAAGCUCGGAUUCUGAUUCGGAUAAUGCUGCUGAAGAAGAGAUGUUCUUGCUUUUAUUAACAGAAAAGAAACUGAAAGCCCCGAAUAACUUUUAUCUCUCAAAACGGAAAAGCCACGGACAGUUUAAAAUGACUUCAGAGUUACCCGAUUCUUUGUUUACCAAUUUCUUCCGGAUGAAUCGAAACCAAUUCGAAGAAGUGCAUGCGUUGAUUCAAGAAUGUAUCCAGCGUGAAGGGUGCAACGCUCAAGAGCCUAUUGGGACAAAAGAAAAGCUUGCAGUGUUUUUGAGAUAUAUUGCUUCCGGUGAUAGCUACAAAAGUAUUGCUUACAACUUCAGACUGGGAGACCGAACUGUUUCUAACAUUGUGAAGGAGGUAGCCGUCGCAAUAUGGGAGCAAAUGCAACCAAUAUAUUUACCAGAACCGUCUACACAAAAAUGGGAGUCAGUUGCAAACAGAUUUGAGCAAAGAUGGCAAUUCCCACACUGUGUGGGGGCAGUAGACGGUAAGCAUGUUGUGAUUAAAAAACCUAACAAAAGUGGUUCUUCUUACUUUAAUUAUAAGCACACAUUCUCUGUGGUUUUGCUGGCUACAGUCGACGCAGAUUACAAAUUUAUCACCGUUGAUGUUGGUGCCAUGGGACGAUUCAGUGACGGAAGUUUGUUUUCGAGCAGUGCAUUGGGAAAGAAGCUGAUGAAGGGCAAUUUAUUACUUCCUGAGCCAAAACUGAUACCUUCUAUUGAUAACCCAGUACCGUAUGUACUGGUUGGAGAUGAAGCUUUUCCUUUAUCGGUAAAUCUAAUGAGGCCGUAUCCAAGAAGAAAUGUAACUGGAAAUUACCAGCACCAAAUAUUCAACGCCAGACUUUCUCGAGCUAGACAACCAGUGGAAUGUGCUUUUGGCAUACUGGCUUCACGCUUUCGUAUUUUUAGAAGACCAUUCGAGAGUAAAGUUGACACAGUGACAGAUGUUGUAAAGGCAACUUGCGUUAUUCACAACUAUUUAAGGGAAUCAGUAAUCGUUUCAAAUGAAGAUUUUGAAGAUAUUGAAAGGUUGCCACAAAAUCAAUUACUUGCUCUCCGAGGUUGCAGAAUCAGACGUGCAUCAAAUGCGUUUACGAUUAGAGAACAGUUCACUAAAUAUUUCAACAACUUUGGAGCAGUUCCGUGGCAACACCGAUCGGUUAUGCUUGGAAAUUACUAGUUGUUUGAUGAAUUACAUUUUGAUAAUGUUGUUUAAGUAUAAAUACAAUGUAUAAAUAUAAAUAAAAGCUUAAACGUUAAAAGGUAUAUUUACUUACCGUCUUUCAAGUUCAGGUCCUUUGCAAUAUCCAUCCAAAUUCUUGUUUUCAGUUUACUUUUCAUGUAAUUUGGGUUGUUGGUGUCGUACAGCUCAGGAUACUUCCUUACCGCCUCUAUUACCUUUUCCUCUG